UGUAGCUGAGAUAGGCACCAGCGACCCCAAAGGGAAUAAGCGGCGGCAAAUGGAUGGAUGGAUGUUUUGAAUGAUUUGUGUAUUAAAAUGAGACCAGCGUCAAGGCGGAAAGUCUUAUUCCUUUUGCUGUUGAUGCACGGAAGUUAAUUUUGAACGGACGGAAAAUGAACGCUCGUGUUCCCUCACGGCAGGUUCUUCAGUGGAUUAUAAGACAUUCCACCUCGUCUUUAUUCAGCCCCCAUCACUCAGGGAGGUGGCUGCGUCGUCCAUGCGUCCAGUCUAGGUUGUGUUCGUCAUUACUGCCAAGUUCAACCAGCCAUGAUCCAGUUCCCCCUCAGAGAGACACAGAGCUGUCCCUGCAGUGUCUUUCUGACAUGGGCUUCACUGUCAGCCAGGCUGAGGAAAUCUAUGAAAGCGUGACCAACCCUGCAACUGCCAAGCAUUGUUCAUCAACGCUCACAGCUUUGUUCGUGUUGGGCCUCAACCCUUCCUCUGUGGUGAAGUUACUGAGCAAAUGUCCUGAGCUUUACACCACCAAGGAGUCACUUCUUCAGCAGCGCAUAAGCAACCUGCGCAAACUUGGUUUAAGGGAAGGUAGUCUUCAGAGAGUGGUGGCCCACUACCCUGCUAUCCUCACUGUGCCCGUGAAGACUGUCAAACAUGUGGUGAUGGUCCUCAGAGAGAAGUGUCUGUUCACAGGGCGGCAGGUGACGGACAUCCUCAGGGACAGUCCUGCUGUGGUGCUAGAAGACCUGGCUAAGCUGCAGUACAAGUUCCAGUAUGUCUACUUCCGAAUGGGCGUCAAACAAUCAGAGAUGGUCAAGAACAAAUUGUUUGGUUUCUCCCUGGACGAGCUGCGCUGUCGUCACUGUUUUCUGGAGCGCCGGGGCUUGUACCAGACCCCCGACAAGAAGGGCCAGACCACCAUCAUCAACCCCAAACUGGACAGCAUCCUCAAUGUGAGUCUGGACACCUUCCUGACGCUGGUGGCCCAGGUGGCGUCAUCGGAAGAGUAUGACGUCUUUCAGAGACUGAUGGCCAGAGAGUGGCAGGAAGAGGAGCGUCACUACGGCGACGUGCAAGCAGAAAGCGACGAGGAGGAGGAGGAAGAGGACGAUGACGACGACGACUUUGAAGGCAAGGAUAGUUAUAGGAAAAGAAAAAAGAGGAGAUAAAUAUUUAAGUAGAAUAAUGUUACAAGUAUAGUUUGUCAAGAUUAUAGAUUUUCACGCUCAACUGAUGCUGUUGAUUUUAACUAAACGUUAACUCCUUUUCUCUGUCGUUUAUUCUUGAAAUAUUAGGACUUCAUUCUUGUAAAUAUGAAUAAGGUCACACUGAGAAGAAAAAUAAUGAAAGCUGCAGGAAUAAAGUUUACAUGUUAAGAGAAUCAAUAAAUAUUACCAUAGUAAUGUAAAUGGAGGACCCACAUUUGUUAUUUAUUUGACAAGAUUUCAAUUGUAAUGGUAGUUAAAGACUUGAAAAAAUGGCUAAUUCAUAGUAAUAUUAUGGCACAUUUACUGUGAUCAAUAAACAUUGUCCUAAUCAAAUAAAGUUAUUCAAUUCAAUACACCAACAAAACUCAAAUUGAUGAGAAUACUUGAUACUUUUAACCUAUAACUUUUUAUUACACAAGGCUGAAAAUACUACUUUCUUACUUACAUCUGACUUAUAUUCAAGAGUCACAUUUCUGACACUGAUCAUUUCAUUUAAAUAUGUCAAAAUAUUGUACAGUCCUAACAAAAGUAAAGGGGAAUAAAAAUCCUGCACCUUUGUCAUGGCUGCCAUUAGAGGGCCGCUUGUAAUUGUAAAUAAUUCAUGAAGUUAAAGUAGCAAUGAUAGUCACACACACUAGGUGGGGUGAAAUUUGACCCAUCCUCUUGUUCACCCCCUGCGAGGUGAGAAGAGCAGUGAGCAGCAGCAGUGGCUGUGCCCGAGAAUCAUUUUGGUGACUUAAUCCCCAAUUCCAACCCUUGGUGCUGAGUGCCAAGCAGGUAGGUAAUGGGUCCCAUUUUUAUAGUCUUUGGAAAGGCUGGGCAAUACGACAUUUUUUUAAUAUCUCAAUAUUUUUAGGCCAUAUCGCGAUACACGAUAUAUGUCUCGAUAUUUUGCCUUAGCCUUGAAUUAACAUUUGAUGCAUACAAUCACAGAUGAUGAUUCUAUGUGUCUACAUUAAAACAUUUUUGUUCAUACUGCAUUAAUAUAUGCUCAUUUUAAACUUUCAUGCAAAGAGGGAAAUAACAACUAAGUCAAUUUAGUAAAACUGUAUUUAUUAAACAGUUAUUAAGCAGUGGCACAAACAUUCAUGUCAUUUCCAAAACAAAGUGCAAGAUUGUCAGAGACAUUUUAAAACGAGCUAUUAGUGCACUUUUGUGCAUGAUGUCACUAAGUUGACAUAUCAAAACAACACUAAAUUAAAGUCCACUUUUUGUACAAUAGUUAAAAACAAAUAAGGUGCACUUUUGUGCAUAAUGUCACACGAGAUAUUUCAAUAAGUGUCACAUUAAAAUGAGCUGCAUAUCAAAUAGUGUAUGUCCUGCGGCAGUGGUCCCUAACCACCGGGCGAUUUGUACCGGGCCGCAGAAUCAUUUUUUAUUAAUUAAUUUAUUUUUUUAAAUUAAAUGAACAUUAAAAAAACACAAGAUACACUUAUAAUUAGUGCACCAACCCCCCCAAAAAACUCAGUUUUUCAUGACAAAGUGUUCUCAAAUCUGUUUGUCCGGCAUUUUUUUGUCCUGUAUCUCCUGCCCGAGGGCAGCAGUUCAAAAAGUUAAUGUCCGGGGUGAGAUGGGUCCCUUAAGAUGUUUUGGGCCUUUUUGAGGCACCUGGUACUGUACAGUUCAUCUAGGGAGGGGAGAGAGCAGCCAGUGAUCUUCAUGGCAGUUUUUAUGACCCUCUGAAGUGCGUUUCUCUCUGCAGCUGGCAUACCAUUUACACGUUCAGUAUGUCAGCACACUCUUGAGCACCCACAGAAGGACACGAGCAGUUUUUGUGACAAGUGGUUCUUUUUGAGGAGUCUCAGAAAGUAAAGUCUCUCCUGUGCCUUCUUGAUGAUCACUGAAGUGUUCGCACUCCACAACAGAUCUUCCUCGGUCUGGAUCCCCAGGAACCUAAAUUUAGAGACCCUUUCCACAUAGUCCCUAUUGAUGUACAGUGGUUGGAUGUUUAUCAUUUUUUUCUUCUUGAAAUCCAUGAUCAGCUCCUUCGUCUUGGUGGUGUUAAAGUCCUACUGAAACCCACUACUACCGACCACGCAGUCUGAUAGUUUAUAUAUUAAUGAUGAAAUAUUAACAUUGCAACACAUGCCAAUACGGCCUUUUUAGUUUACUAAAUUGCAAUUUUAAAAUUCCCAGGAGUCUCGUCUUGAAAACGUUGUGUAAUGAUGACUUGUACGCAAGAUGUCACGGGUUUUUAGGAAGUAUGAGUACUACGCACACACAAAGCUAAAAGUCAUCUGCUUCAACCGCAUAAUUACACAGUAUUUUGGA